ACCUCCAUGGUCAGAACACUAAAUGUAUUCUGUGAUUUAGAGAACAGUUCUUAUAAUCAGUUCACCUAUUUUCAUAACAAAAUUGCAAGUCGGGGGUGAUAUUUAUAUAUAUAUAGUCGGAAUAUAGUAUAAAUCAUUAUGGAAAGGCUAAUUAAAUUGGUGGAAGGACGUCCUCUCCUUUACGAUUGUAAACACGCCGAUUUCCAGAACCGUGUGAAGAAAAUGGAGGAAUGGAAUGCCAUUGCUGAAAUAAUGGGUUCUGAAACUGGGAAUUAUUGGAGGUUCAAGUGGAGUCGUUUGAAAGAGAAUUAUUCCAAAUAUAAGAAAGUUAGUCAAAAUCCCUCUAAUCACAUUUAUAAAAAAUAUAGAAAAUGGCCCUGGGCUAAAUAUAUGAGGUUUACAGAUGAUUUUCCCAAUAAAAGAGCAUCGAUUAAAACUAAAGGUGCAAAUGAAGAUUGUCCAGAAAGCGUUAGUGAAGAAAUUUUGAUUGAAAAUGAUUCUGGAAAUAACUUAUCUGUUAGAGCUAAAUGUGAAGUACAACCUGAAUUUUCAGAGGAAUUAUCAGAAUUCCUUGAUGUGACUAAGAGUAAUGGUAAUUUGAUACAAAAUCAAAUAUAUUUGGUGGAGCAGGAAUCUAGUGAAGAAAAUUUAGAUCUACCUAUUGAAGAUAUCAAAGUAAUUAUUCAAAAAAAUGAUCAUACUAAUCCAAAAAGAAGGAAAACAAAAUCCAAUCCUGCAGAAAAUGUAUCUAAUUACUUCAAAAACAAGAAUAAUAUGAAAAAUGAGUUUGAUGAAGUGGAACAUUUUUUUAUCAGUUAUGCACAAACAUUCAAAAGGCUACCAUCUAGGCUGCAGCGUGUUCUUAAACUUGAAAUGGUGACUCUGUUUGCUCGUUAUGAACUACAAGCAGAAAGUCUUGACACAGGUGUAACACAACAAAAUAUGAAUAGGGUUUGAUGUUGCAUAAUGUGAUGAAUAAUAAGUGGUGAAAGAAAGUUUAUAUUUGUGAUUUUCAAGUGUAGGUUCAGGAGUUGACAGCUGUUUUAAGAACGGAAGAUUUAUAUUGAUUGAUUUCAAAUGUUGAUUAAUUGUAAUUUAUUAUAAUCUAGCGUUCUACUAUGCAUAUUAUUUUAGUCUGUAUACAUACAUAUACAUUUAUAUUUGGAGAUAAAUUUUUUCACUUCCUA